AUGAGCACUCCUUCUACAACAGUAGGUGGAGUUGCUGUUGGUGUUGGUAAUGCAACACAGACUCAGACUCAGACUCAGACUCAGACUCAGACUCAGACUCAGACUCAGACUCAGACUCAACAACAGUCUCAGAUACCUCAGACACAGACAUUACCUCAAAGUGUACCACAACAACAACAACAACAACAAAUGUUACAACAACAACAGAUACAACAACUUCAACAACAGAUAUAUCAAUCAACUGUUUUGUUGCCACAGAUGACUAAUACAAUGAUAUCAUCAACACCAUUGUCUGCGACACCUAAUGGACCUGCUGUACCAGUACCCAUACCAUCAGCCGUUCAAGCCUACUACCAGAACCCUCAAAUGAAUGGUGGCAUUCUCAUGAUCAUGCCCAACGGUCCAAGCUCAUUCACUCCAUCACUUCGUAAACUACGUCAUGUAAAGAGCAUACUGUGUAGAAACCUUAUACCUCGUAUCAAUAUCAAUGCUGAUCAGCAUCUACCAAACACAUACUAUACACUGCAUGCCCCACCUCCCAACAAACAAACAAAGAACAGACGAGUAGAUGCCGGUGGUCCACUUAUUAGAUGUCCAACUCCAACGAUAUCAUCAAAUAACGAUCAACAGCAACAUCAACAACAUCAGCAGCAGGCAAAUGGACAUAUCAUACCAAUAGAUGAUGAAGAUGCUGUUAACAACGAGGACGAACAAUCACCUGAUUACUCUGACGAUGAUCAACUACGCUUUGACGAGGAUGAGGAGGCUGCUAUCGCUGACGAUGAUGUCGACGGUCCACAAUCCGCCGACGAAGACGACGAUGAAGACGACGAAGACGAAGACCUACCCCAUGCAUUCUACAUCAGUGAAGUUGUCAAGAACUCAUAUAAUCCAGUCUGGAACUCAUUCGAUUGUUAUAGUCCACUGCCCAAUGAUAUAUUGGAACACUUUAACAGCUUCAAUAUAUGUGUAUGGGAGAAGGAUCAUGAUGAUGAGCCACUCUUCCAAGCAGAGAUCGAUCUCACACAACUGGAAUUCAUAGCACAAGAGAUCAAACAGUUUGUAAAUUUAAUCAUUCCUCCCAACUCCAUCAUCUUUGAACUAAAGGAUGGACUAUAUGUAACAAAAGAAACAAAGAUCCAAAUGAGUUCGACAAGAAUGAAUGAUUACAAGUUCACGGCAUCGAAUGAGAAGAGAAAGUCUGAUACGAUCAAUCAGGAACAGUUGUUGAAGAUAAUCACAAAGAAGUUGACACAUAUGAAGAAUGUAGAGACAACCAAACAAUUGAGUAUAGACAUCGAGGACAAGCUGGAGAGCAAUGCACAGUACAUCGAGAAGUUAAAGCGAUUGGAAAAGCUGAGGAACCGUGUCAAGCAGCUCAACGAAGAGUGUUGCGAACAACUGUUACUCAAGGACAAGGACAAAGAGUUGGUUGAAAAGACAAGGAAGGACUUGGUACCGAGGGCAACUGCAUUGGCUAAUGCAGGCGUGAUAUUCUACUCAUCGUUGCAACAGACGAUUGAGUCGAUCAAGGUGUUGGACAUGGAUAGGGUGUUGUUACAUAACAUCCGAGCCACAUUGGAUAAGAAGAAGUGGCAUCUGUUGUAUCAGAUCACAUCGAUAUACCCACUUCAACAAGGACCCAAGGGUAUUGUGAUCAACAAUCUACAACUUCCACACUCUGACUACAAUGGAUGUGAUGAGGAGUCGAUAUCAACGGCACUCGGAUACGUUUGCCAUAUUGUUCACCUGGCGUCUAGAUACCUGGACAUACCACUGCGCUACCCAAUGACACCGAUGGCGUCACGAUCAUUCAUCCGCGAUGAGAUCCUACAUCACUCUGCCUCCAAGUUCCCACUUUACUCACGUGGCGUCGAGAAGAAGAUCUUUGACUACGCCGUCUUCCUGCUCAACAAGAACCUCGAACAACUACUCCACUCGCAAGGCAGUCCUGCCUUCCCACUCAAAGAGACCCUACACAAUGUCCAAACACUGCUUGGUAUGAGUAUGCACUAUUCCAAGGAAACGUGGAGUACUUGA